CCCAUCACUGUCUCUCUCUUCCCCUCCCUCUCUCUCUCAGUCGUGGGCAGCGGGGAACGCUAGCCCGUGAUGAUGUAAUCAGAUCUCUCGGCACAUUCUCAUUCAGCUCUCGUCUGCGGAGAAGCUGGCAGGGAGCGCGAUAUAGGACUCUGGUUCGGGUGAUGUCAUCCGCCUUUCCCUGGGAAGAGUUUCAGAGACUAUCCGAGACAGGGGAAGCUGGACUCCGCUUCCGCGGGGUGUUGUUGUGGGGUGAGGAGGCAAAACGGGAAGGAACGAGGGGCAUAAGAGGACGGUUGUUCAGCUGAACCAUACACUCAUACCUCUGGAUGCUUAGCCGAAGACAUUAAAUUGCACCAUGAGCUAGCUGGCCUCUGUGUUAUUUUCGUAAUAACAGAGGACAACGAGCCGUUAAACAUUACUGGCGAGAAUAUCUGGGUAUUAUUAUAACAAAAACAGUGUAAUAAGAUUAUAUGUACUACAAGAAGAUUCAUUAAUCAUUAAUUGUACCGUUACAAGGAGCACUUAUGCAUCGCAUUGUUCAUGUUUUCUUCGGCUCGUAAAAUUCCGAAAUUCAGCACCUUGGACAGGUUCCGGCUUAGCUAUGCGUUAUUUAUCGACCUUUUCCUAAAAGUCAACAUCAUAGCAUAGCCUGCUUGUUUUCUCCUUAAGUAUUUCCGCGAUUGGUGUUGUAGCGUUUUCCUGAAGCAACAAAUCUCAUCACAGCUAAUCUGCGAUACAGUAUACUGGACGCAGCGCCUAGCGGAACCAACAACACCAGCCACAACCGAAAGGUUUUUUAAAAUUAUUAUUGUAGAUACACCCCCUACCACCACCCGCAAGACUGUGGUAGACUAGAAAAUGAGGCAAGUGCAAUGGAGAAAAGACAUACGUGCCUCUCUUCAGUAUAUUAAUUUCAGUUAAUAUGUAUUAAAUAGAAAGUAUAUAUUUUAAAUAUUGAUUUUAUAACAUAUCAUUUCACCAUUCUGGAGGACGGGUUUAUAUCGGUCAGUAGUUGCUGCUUUCCAACUCUCAAGAUUUAUCUACACCGAAAGGUUUUUGACGUCCAGCUAUCUUUUUGAAACAGAUCUACCUCUGGAUAUUUUUUUUCCGCAAAUUCUUGUUUGUUUUAUACAUGUCUACGCGUUCUGAUGCUCGCGAAGCUGGAAUGAAAGCGGAUGGGAAGUUUUUUUCCCCUUGUUUUGCGCGUGUGCUUUUUUUUUUCUUCGCGAACAAGGCGCACAUUGAGGGAUGGUAUCAAGUUGUAAACGACCCCAAAUGGUCUCCUCACUAACGGAAUAAUUCCACCGUCUCUCUCCUCUUCCGUGCCGCAUGAAACCUGCGAAGAAGAAGCAAAGCCGAACCGAAAUCAGUUUUCUAUGUUUGUUCGUCACGGGCUUCAAAAACAGUCCCCCUCUCCGACCCUGGCUGGAGCGCAGGGGGUCGAGGUGCUACUACGCGGAAAGCAAUAACGCAGUAGCUGGAAGGGACUGGAAUACUGACUUCCCUGCUGUGAGGACUAAGACCAUGGCUAAUGAACCAGUCAUCCUUAACGUUUAUGAUAUGUACUGGAUCAACGAGUACACAUCCACCCUGGGGAUUGGAGUUUUCCAUUCUGGCAUAGAGAUCUACGGCAGAGAGUUUGCCUAUGGAGGACACCCAUAUCCCUUUAGUGGGAUCUUUGAGAUCACACCUGGGAAUGCUGCUGAGCUCGGCGAGACCUUCAAAUUCAAGGAGGCUAUUGCUCUGGGUACCACAGACUUCACAGAGGAAGAUGUGGACAAGAUUAUGGAAGAGCUGGGGAAGGAAUUCAAAGGCAAUGCCUAUCACCUGAUGCACAAGAACUGCAACCACUUCUCCUCAUCACUGUCAGAGCUGCUGUGCGGCAGGGAGAUCCCACGCUGGGUGAACCGUCUGGCCUACUUCAGCUCCUGCAUCCCUUUCCUGCAGAGCUGCCUGCCCAAGGAGUGGCUGACCCCCGCCGCCUUGCAGAGCCACAUCAGCCUGGGGCUCCACAAGGAGGAGCAGGCCGAGUCCAGCGAUGAGGAGCCCCCCUCCACCUCAGGGGCCGGCGCUGCCUCAGGCUCCUCGAGGGGCUGCCGCCACACACGUGUCUGAGCCGGGGGUGGGGGGAGGCCGUGCCAGGAAUCCGCUGAACCGCGCACCCCUGAGUGAGUGGCACAGCCAUGAGGCCUAGGAACCUCACAUGAGGGCCAGAGGGAUCUCUCCCAGCUCACCCAGGGACUUUCUCUCCAAUCCUUUGACUUGGCUCAAGAGACUUUUUGCCUCAGUUGGGGGAGACACGAAGAACAAACUGAAUCGUCUCCAGUCUGGGAAUUUGAACCUGGGAAUAGUUCUAACCUCAGCCGGCCUCUGCUUCCCCGCUGAAAAUUUUAGUGUAGUCUAUCCCCGUGUAGUGGCGAUAGCAGGGGCCGGUUCUUUUAUCCAGUUAUGUUUUAACAAGUAUUGAAUUGGGACUUUGCGUUUUGAAAUCCUCAAGUAGUGAUUUAUUCAGGUUUUUUCCUUGCCUUAAGGGCACAAAAAGGGAGAACUGAGAAGUAGAUCUGGCACUUUUAUUUUUCCAAAAUGCAAAUGCUUAACAGAGACAUUGCAAUUUUAGAAAACUUUCAAAACCGUGCCAAGUAUAAAGAUUGUCCUAUGCUGAAAAAAAUAGGAAUGAAAAUCCAUGAAUGAAAUGCCUGCAUCUCUUUUAUGUUCCAACAUAUAUUCUGUUUUCCUUUUUUGAAAAUGUCCGUAUGGUUUAUAAUAUUUUUUUAAUCGUUAUGGAAUGUCCCACUUCCACAUUUCCAUGCCCAUACAUGAACAAAUAUAACUAUAACUAGAUUUGUGUUAUCUGAUCUUACCAGGCCUUACAUGUGCUCUGGUGAACAGAACUCCAGGGUGAGUGGAUCGGCUGUUGCGAGCAUUUGUGAUUUCCCGUUAGUCUGGAGCUCAGUGCUCUGAGGCUGGAAAGCAUGCUGGUGCAUGGCUCUUCUGACUCACCACCAAACAUGCCACUUGUUUUCCCCCAGGGGCUUUUCUUUACAGGGUUGUGAAGAAUGAAUGGCAUUGAUAAAAAAUAAUUAUAUUUAAAUCGGUUUACAUACAGCGUAGAUAUAUACUGUGGUGGAAAAGGUGGCAGUGAAAUUGAUCCAGCGGACAGCGUUCAAGUUGAUCAAGAUCGCAAGGGUGUCCAUGCAUCAUUUGUAACCCUGAAACUCAUCCAAAUGCUGAGACAGAGGCUGAGCUGAAAAGCCGAAAGCAUUUCAUUAACAUGUAAAACAUUCCUUCCAUUUUGGUUUAUAUAGAUUUUGGAAAUCUUGCCAUGAACAUGUUAUGCCAUGUGCCCAUGUAUAGCAGGAAUGGGCACAUGAUACAAGGUCUUCUGGUCUUCUGAUACAAGGUGUAGUUCCCUAUCAUGUUUUUUCCAUUCUAGGUCAAAGAGUACCUAGUGUUUAUAUUUUAAGAUAAGUCUUUUGUUUUUCAAUGAAUGCUGCUAAAAAUGAUUGACAUGCUAACAUUUAACAGGGCAUUUUACAGACCCCUCUUAUAUACCUCUGCAGUAUUUUGCUUCCUUUUAAAGCAUGUGUGAUGGGAGCAGUCUUCCUUCAUGUACGAUGGCGACUCAUGCCAUCCUAAUUGGACACUGCAGUGUGGAUGUGUGACUCCUUAUAAUGCAGAAAGUCCAUUGCAGAGAUUGAUCUUGGUGACACUUCAUCUGUCAUGAGGGGAGGAACAAAGUAUCAUGGAUCUGGCAGUAUUUUUUUUUUCUGUUUUGAUCAGAACAUAAUGUUCUCUUCAGACAUGUGAAAGGCAGUUCCAUUACAAAGCCAAUACUGAGCAGGGAUCUCAAGGAAGUUAGUUCAACGAGUCCAUUCUACAGGUUAGAAACAGAUUGUGCUUUGGAAGAAGCAAACGUCCUUUAAAAUAAGAAUUUAAUCAGCUUGAAAGUGAAAAACGUCCCAGGUGUUCCCUUUUCUAGAUGAAAGCAGCUCAUAGGCUUUCCUCUUUAGAAAGGUUGCAAAAUUUCCUGGGGUAUUUGGCUUAGGUCACAUCAUGAAAAUGGUGAAUAGUGACAGCAUUAAACCUGCCAAAAAUGGUUUCCACAGAGACUCAGGAAACUCAAUAUCAAACCAGAAAAUAAGUAUGUUCUUUCAAGAAUGUUUUAUUUGAGGACCCUGGGUUCCUUAUCAGAGGGAACGUUCAAGGGUUUAAGACUCCUUCCUUUGCAGGCAGUGCUGUUGUCUCCUUGAGUCAGCUACUGGACCCUGAUUUAACAGGUCCAGCUAGGUAUAUAAAUGGGUGCCACAAACACUAAAGUGGAACCCUUAGAAUGUUUAGUGUCCCAUCCUUUCAAUUCACAAAAUACUAAAGUUAAGACCAGCUCUAGGGAGUGAUUUGAUUUAUGAGGAACUUAUUUUAAUUUACCAUUAAACUCAGGUUUGAUUUGUUUCACACAUACCCCUAAAUAUUUUCAUGUUGGUGAGCUUCUUUAAGAUUGGUUAAGAAAAGCAAUUUUCUGUUAACACUUGAGAAUUUACUAUUUCAGUUAAUCUUUAUCUUUUUACCACAAUAAUAAAAAUCCAGCCCAAAUAAUUUGAUUUAUAGCUUCACAUACAUUCGUUGUCUAUGUUUUCUCACAAUUUUUUUAACUCGUGUGGUUCUUUUUGCAAGAAAACAUUGAUACCAGAUAAACAGGAAGAUUUUUUUUAGUUUGUUUGAUUUCUUAAAUGUGAUUUAUAAUAAACAACAAGUUUUGUACACACAUUUAAUUUUCAUUUUCUGAGAGUUACCUGACAUAAUUCUUUACUGAAUAACUGUACAGAUCCACACUCUAAAAAUGUCUAUAUACAGUGUUCGCAAGACUGGAAUGUUGGCAAAUUCUUUCUAAAACUGUACUGGAGUAUAAAAUCAAUUUUUACAAUUGUUAACCUUUUCUCAAAACAAAAGGAACAGGACGAAUUUCAGAAAGCUUGCAUAAUAAAAAAUCUAAGAAAUGCGUUAAUGAUUCUCUUAUUCCCUGUUAUACCUUUACAACAAGACUGGUUUGUAUAUGCAGUUAUAAAACAUGGUCUCCAACAUACAGUAUGUUUGUAUCUUGAUUAAAAAAUAGUCAGAUUUGGUGCUUAAAUUCUAGAGCAUCUGUUGAAUGUUACUGCUAAAGUGUAUUUUUACCUUUCCAUACUCCAGUACACAGUUUAAAUGCCAAAAUUGUGGCUUUGCUUAGGAUGACAACUGUAGCUGGCUGCCUGUCUGUAACAGCUGCUAUGAGGAAUGACUUCCAAAGGUGUUUUUGCCAUUUUAUUAAAAAGGAGCUUCCUUUUUAAUAAAAUGGCAAAAACAAUAAGCUUUAUUGUUUGUAGGUUGACCCAGUAGUGCAGUCUAGCACAGAAAUACAGGACACAUAACAAAGCUUUCUGACUUUCAUAGACUGGGUAGAAAAUAAUUUAUUUAGCAACAUUAGUGCAAUCCUUUCUUAUCUUUGCAAGUACGUACUGGUAAUGUCUUACAAUAUUUUUAAAAAUAGUGGUUAUAGUAUGAGGCUAUCCUUCUUAAUUAUUAUCUUCCUCCUCCUGCACUGAAGUGAAUAAGAGAACAGCUGUUCCUGUAAAGUGCUUUGCAGUGGAAGCCCUUCAUUUCUGUGAAUGCAUACUCGCCUGUUUUCUGGAAUGGUCUGGUGUAGUAGCAGGUCCUAUACUGGAAGAAUCCUGCAGUUGAGAGGUUGCUGGUUUGUGUCCACAACUAUGCUGUUCAGUGAGUAUAUCGGCCUCACCUCUGUAGUCAGCACUACGCACUACACGACUGGCUGAAUGGCAAGUAUAUAACACUGAUCUCUCUGUUUCAGGACCACAACACAAUAGCCACAUGAAAUGUUUAGACUCAUGUUCAGUCAGAGCUGUUUUGUUGUGUUGUGUGUGGUUCAGGACCACAACACAAAUGCCAGAUGAGCUGAUUAUGCCCAUCUCCUGGUGGAGCUCUGUUGUGUGCUCUAUCCAGCUACAUAAGGCUUGUGCUUAUAGCUGAUCAUUUCAAAAUUGGACAGCAGUUGUCUGCCUUUUUAUCUAAUUUUGUGAAAGGUCUACCUACCAGUCGCCAAUGUGAUCUUUAUUACAUUUUGCCAACAUUUUAAAGACAAUUAUUACACCUUUGGGACAAAGCAUUAAAUAUAACAUUAAACUAGUCAACCCAGAAAACCUCUGAUCUGCACAACACAUGGCAGUUCUGAAAUGUGAUUUGAUAAGUGUGAUAAAGUACAGUUGUCAGCAAUAACUCAAAUAUAAGUAUAACCCAUUAUAUGGGAGCUGUCUGAUAGAAUAUGUGUGACAUCCUACUGCUUUUGAUCAGGUACUGCAGUAGCCCAUAGUUUUUUCAGUAUGACACAGCAUGUGCAAUUUUGAACAAACUUUUCUUACUGACACUUUAUUCUAUUGAAAACAUGGAAUUAGUUUUGCCCCAGAGUGAUCAUAUAGGAUUUUUAUUGUCUGCAUAGACACAUUGUUGUCCAAGGACAUUUCUCUGACAUGCCUUUGUUCUGAACUAAAUAAUAAAAAGUGAUACCUAUCUUUCA